AUGUCUGAUAAUUCCGACGACUACACCGAUACCGACUCAGGCGUGUCUGAUUUUCCUCCUCCUCAACCCCCUGGCGGUCCCAACCCAGCUCAAGAACCAGAAGAUGAUUUCGAAUUGGAACCUUAUGAAGUUAUUCCUCCAUUCGUCGUCGUCCCUCCUCCCGAUGUACCCAAACCUAACCCGCCUUACCUCGAAGGACAGCUUAACGGCUUUACAUUCCGUAAAUUCCCAAAUUUCAUGGUGAGGAAAAUGACUCCUGAAAGGGAUUGUAUGGGUGUGGCUUUACCUCCUGAAAAACUCGCAGAGUUGAAAGCUGGUGUAACGGGGGACAUGAAGAAAGGUUUGGAGAAAUGGGAAAGAUACUCUGAUAAGAGUACAUACCUCUGGGGAGAAGGAGAACAAAUUACGAUUUUCAGAGCGACGACGGAUAAAAUCAAAAAGAUGUUCAAAGAUCCUCCUAGGAAGAAGAAUAAGGAGUUGGCCAAUAAUUGGCAAAAACAGGUCGACCCCUUUCAACCACCCCCUUUCUUUUGGGCUCAAUGCGUACUUUACGGUCUUCCCGCUCCGGCAUCAGAACAAGAAGCUAUGAAAAUAAUGAAAGCUCAUGUAAACCAAACGAUGCCACCCAGGAAAGACGAUGAUUCCGAAAGGAGAGAUCCUACAGAACCCACAAAAGAGAUAGAAGAUCUCAUGUAUAACCUUAAUCUCGAUACCAUGUGGGGGGAUUGGCUCAAAGUGCACAAUGGAGAGAUCCUCAAGAACAUGGAAAAGUUGACUUGGGAGAAAAUGAGGAAGGUGAAGAAGAUCAGGGAACGAGGGGCUUUGGGAUAUCGCGCGAAAUGGGAGGAGUUUUUAAAAGAAGCGGAUGAAGAAUUAGGCAGGGGUUGGAGGUGGGAAGAACCGGAGAAGGAACAGGAACUAGAAACCAAGGUCAAAGUGGAAAGUGAAGUUAAACAAGAGAUUAUCGAUGUGAAAAAGGAACCGGAAGAUGUUAAGAUGGAAUCGGUAGAUGUUAAGGUGGAACCAGAAGACGUCAAGAUGGAAGAGUCGAAUGACGUGAAAAUUGAAUCGGGUGUGAAAACGGAGCCGGUGGAGGUUAAAACAGAGCCUGGAGUAGCUGGCAAGAGACCCGCAUCUGUAGAAGCUGGAUCUUCCUCCAAGAAGAUGAAGGGAGAUGAGCUUGACAUCGACUUUAUCAGCGUAAAAUACCGUAUGGCACGAUUGGGUUUCUUCGAUUCUGAAGGUCAUCGACUUUUCACUCCUGUUCCACACAACAGUGACUCUGAAUAUACCAAAUACCUACUUUGUGAUCUCCAAAUUUCUGCGACUCGAAAACAAGGUAUUUUAGCUAUGAUGGAAGCCGAUAUUCUAGCUCAUUUCCAACUUGCUCAUCUCCCAAAAAUAGGUGAACGCGUCCCUGUCACUUGGAGAGGUGAAAACAAUUACGUUCCUAUGCAACAUCCAUUAGCUAUAGUAGGUGAUAAAGAAGUUUCUCAAGCUUCUGGUUAUUUCGACUGGCUUUCACCUACUUGGUUAAGAGGAGAAUUUUCUAUACCAAAUUUCGGUAAUGCGAGAUUCAUAGCUAAACGUCAAGGAGGAAAAGUUCUGAACCCUAGGAUGAGUUUAGUUAGGUAUUGGGAAAGACAUUGGAGAUGGUGUACCGAUAUAGAUAGACAUGGAGAGAAAUUGGGACAGUAUAAUUCCUUCAGGUUCUUCCCGGAUAGGUUUGGUGAUACUACUGUGGAGGUGGAUAGUGUUGGAACGAGUCAAGAUGAAGAUGAUGGAGUGAGGUUUGGUCAGAUUAUUUAUAACAAUGAUGGAAAAGCUCAUCAUAUUUUCAACAUGUGGGGGAUGUGA